GCGAAUCCCGCCGGGCAGUGGUGCCCGGGCUGCAGCAAGGGAUCCUACCAUCGAAUUGGACCUAACCGGAAAACUUCUGACCGACGACGGUCUUAAAGAAAUCAUUGACGCUCUUGUUAGCUGCAUUAAGUUCCAGGAUGAGAACUAUCCAAAUGGGGUUAUUAAGCUAACAGAACUAUCCCUUAAGGGGAAUGCUCUCACAACGACAGCCAUUGCAAGAUUGGCUAAAGUUGUGGAACUAAGCAAGUCCAGUUUGGUGAAGCUCGAUAUCUCUGAUAAUGGAAUUAGCAUUAUCAGCAAGACACAAAGAAGCAACUGGCGGAUUUUUUUGAAAUCGUUCGAGGAAUGCUACAUGCUAAAGAGCAUCGAUUUCAGCGGAAACAAAUUGGGCAGCGCGGGUUUUGAUGGUAUAUCCGAGGUCUUCCUCAAAAGCGAACUGUAUUUCAUUGUGCCGAGUCCAGCUAGAAUCCCUGAUGAGAAUGGGAAGUUGCACAGCGUCGGGGAUAAGUUGAAGUCGAUAUCAUUGAAUACGAACGGGAACGAUACUCUGCGCUUGCCAGCAGCAGGCGAAGCAAACUGUCGACGUGGAGGUAUGUCGCAUUAUAUUCGGACUAUGUCUUUGAAGACCCGCUAACCUCCGGAGUAAAAGCCGCGGAACCAAAGAAUGACGAAUUAUACGCAAGUACGAGAGGCCUUCGAUCGGUGCCAUAUUUGAACUUCGCGGGGUCUGGAAAUACCACUGCAUGUGCUUUUCACCUGUGGGGAAUGUCUAUGGUUCAUCUUGGACCUGAAGAGCUGCUUGAGUUUUUGCCGACAGGCAGAUCCAUGGUACCCCCGGGGGCUGUCCAACAUGGUAGUGGUAUAGUGUACGUGCCGAAUGAAUUUGGGCCACUCGGGCGCAGCUUACUAGCCACGGGAGAGCAAUUUGUUCGAGAACUCUCUAGAGUGGAUGACGAUAUUGAUUCUAUGACCCUUGGAGAAGACUUGGAUAGAGACGAGGUCGUCAAGGCUCGGCACACCUGCAAAAGAACUCAAGAGGAAAUGGAACGUAUCAAAUAUCGGGCAAUUCUCGAUGUCCUCACAACGGAGGGCGUACAAAGUGUGGAGCUGUGGAAUGUUGCGUUCAAAACGAUGAUCGUUGCUCGGGCUCUCCUUCUAGACGACGGAGAUAAACAGGGGUUGACCAAGGAAAGUAAUGUAACGGACAAGAUGGAUAAACCGGGCCAUAACGAUGACUCCCGUGGCAGUCCCGAACAAGCUCUAGGCCGUUGUUACCCUCAAUCAAACUCACCAUGGACCGACUUUGCACAGGAAUUUCCUUCCCUGCCUACAUCCCCCCGGAAACGAAACGAUGGGCCGGUCAAGAAUGGGAUAACGUCCCAGUCAACUUCCAAAAAAGAUAACCGCGGAUUCAAGGCGGGAUCGGGACAUUUGAGGUCGCGAGCCUGCCCUUGUGCGGAGAUGUUGGAAAUGUCGCCACAAGCCAUUUCGAGACCGGCACCUGGAGCAGUAUUUAAGCAGGUCGGUCGUUUCGGAUUGCCAAUGCGUCUAUGGACAAGAAUAAUCGUGGAGGCAAUGGACGAAAAUGAAGUCUUAAACCCCCAGCAACAAAUGCGCAUCAUUAGGUACGCGUGUGAUUGGAAUUCGGUCACACAAGAGCUUAAGAUCAAGGGAGGAACGGAGGCCGAGCAAAUCCGAAAGAUCCUUAACUCGAUGGAUUGUCUUAGUUAUUCGAAAUUUGAUUAAAUCCUGGAAAAAUAAAAUGAUAUUAAAGGGCGCUGCUUAUGAGUUCUUAAGGGUGUAAGUAGUUUAGCACAAGGCUUGAGCUUUAAACACAGACAGAAAAUGUAAGAGCUCUUAGGGUGCUCUAUGACGCUGACAGCAUACUCUUGCGCCACUCUGACUGACGGUGUCGCAUUUUGCUUUGUGCCUUGUUC